AUGCAGUCGCAUAACACAGUGAGGCCUCAGCGCAAGCUAACGGAGGAGUUAGUAUCCUGCUUGAGUGGUAAUAGCUGGCUCAAUGAUGAAGUCAUUUAUGCGUUUAUCAAUAUUGUUGCGAAUGGGACCAGGUUCACACCGCUAGACCCAUGCCUCAUACAAACGCAGGACAUGUUUCGCAUUCGCGGAUAUCCGAUAACGGAUGGGGAAUUGCUAUUUCCACUGAAUAUGUACGGCAAUCACUGGUCUCUUGCAUGGUUGCGGCCUGCACUUAAAAGUAUUGUAUUGUAUGAUUCAUUGGGUCAUCUUUAUUCGUACUCGCCAAGGCUACUUCCACUGCAAGAACGGGAAAAGCUAGAAAGAACAUGGCGUAAGAUCACAGACAGAUGCCUUGAUGUUAUUUUGAUAGAAUCCAACGGUGUUCACGUGCAAGAAGAUAGUUACAAUUGUGGUGUAUUCGUGUGCUUGUAUGCAGAGCGCCUUUGUAAAGAAGAACGGACAGUACAAGAGGUUGCCACACCCAAGUUUCUGGAUGAUUACCGACAGUACAUCAGAAAUCGCAUAACAACUUCCGAUAUGCUCUGCAGAACAGGCGAACUGGAUCAUAAUGGAGAUCUUCUCUGCUAUAUACCAGGGAAGGAGGCAGGUCAAGCUAGAGAGCGUACGUGUGCAAUGCCUGUCCCAAACGUGUCAUUGGAACCCACACAUUGUCAAGAAGUUGAUGUAAAAAAGAAAGCUGCAAAAGAAUAUAAGGAU